GAAAUGAUAGUAUUGCCGGUUUAUCCGAAUUCCGAAUGAUGCCGCGCGAUAGUUGAGUGAGCGUAUAAAGAGUUUUAACUAAGCAUUUAUAGUUGUAUAAACGUAAAACUCAAUCUGGUUUUAGCAGCAAAUUAAAAAUAAUUUAAUGGCAUUAUGGCUGACGAGACAGAGCAGGUACCAGCAAUAAAUGUUAAAGAACCCCUAGAUCUUAUAAGAUUGAGCCUGGAUGAGAGAAUAUAUGUUAAAAUGAGAAAUGAAAGAGAAUUACGAGGACGAUUACAUGCUUAUGAUCAGCAUUUAAAUAUGGUGUUGGGUGAAGCAGAAGAGACUGUAACUACAGUAGAAAUUGAUGAAGAGACUUACGAAGAAGUUUAUCGUACAACUAAAAGAAAUAUCUCUAUGCUUUUCGUUCGUGGGGAUGGAGUAAUUUUGGUUUCACCACCAAGCAUGAGAGCACCGAUAUAAAAUUUCUAUUUAUAUAUAAUUUAUCUAAACAUAAGACAUAGAUAAUAUUGAAUUAAAUUCCAUGUUGAUACGAUUUUAUCAAUCUUUUGUACUAGCAUUUGACAGUUGUAAGAAACUUGCGAAAGUAACGGAUUUAAUUCGAAUAAAGCUAAAUAUAACAUAAA